AUGUCUGAUAACAGAAAAGAAGAAGAGGAGGAGGAAGAGGAGGUCGCUUGUCAGCCCCUCCCCCCUCCCCCGGACUCUGUUGCUUUGGAGACGAUGAUUUCACUGAGGCGGCAGGACCUGGUGUGCAUCGUGUGUUUUGGAAGCUAUGACCUGGCAACGCGGCUCCCGCGGAGACUGCACUGUGGCCACACCUUCUGCCAGGCGUGUCUGAAGAGACUGAACACAGUCAUCAAUGAACAGGUGUGGAUCCCCUGUCCUCAAUGCCGGCAGAACACGCCUUCACCCAGAGGAGGUGCUGCAGCUCUGGAUCUUGACCUGGCCUCUUUUCUCGGGGUGAAGGCCUGCACCUCCUCCUCCUCUUCCUGGAGCUCUGCCUGCAGGGAUGGGCUGUCAGUGGUAAAUGCAGCCCAGGAUGGGAAGCUGUGGCUGGGGAAGGAGGCCACAGACGACGGCUGGUCACACGGAGGUCUGGCUGAGCCCCGCUUCUAUCGCUAUGGCAACUGCUGCCCGCCACCCUCCUAUUGGCACUGCUGUUGGUUCUGCUGCUCAGGGCGGGGCUAA